CGGGCGAGGAACAUGGCGCGGAGCUGGAGGUGCUGCUGAGUCCCAGGGAUUCCUCGUCAGAGCUGGGCUGGAGCCUGUGGGAUAAUAAUGCGAGUGUGAAAUGUUUUCUGCUGCUAGUUUGUGGAUGAAAACGCCUGCUCUCUCUAUGUGUGCGAGAAGUGAGGAGCUCCGCGGCCACAGUUUUCACAUACAUAAACAUUUUUUUAGGACUCCCUGUUGUUGAGUGUCUGUGCAUCAGCCGCUCGGCCCGGCCUGAAGGAGAUGGCGGACUCGCAGCCCUGUUCCGCCGUCAAGCUGCCCCCCUCGCAGCCACUUUCACGACUCAGAGAAGAGCACGCCAAGGUAGUCUCAAACUGCAAGGAAAAAAUCGAGCACUGGGUUAAAGUACAAAGUGACUAUGAAGCACUUCAAGGAAGGCUUAAGACCUUACCUGAUAAACUAUCUUACGAUGUAAUGGUGCCAUUUGGCCCACUUGCAUUUAUGCCAGGACAGUUAAUCCACACAAAUGAAGUCACCGUUUUACUUGGUGACAAUUGGUUUGCAAAGUGUUCUGCAAAGCAAGCUGUUGGCCUGGUGGAACACAGGAAGCAACAUGUUCAAAAAGCACUGGAUGAUCUUCAUAAAAUUAUGAACAACUUUGAAUCUAGGAUUCAUUUUACUGAUUUGGAUAAAUUGGUUAAUGAAAAGGAAGAUGUUGUGGAAAUACAUGAGGAAAUUCAGAAUGAAGAUCUAGAACCUAAAGAUUUAAAUUCUAAAGGAAAACACAGAAUAGCACAUACACCAAAAGAAAACUGCAAGCCCAAAGAGAUUUUUGUGGCAGAUUUGGAGGUUGGUGAUGGUGACAGGGACUGCAAGUCAAGUGUGUUAUCUGAGAAGGAAUUGUGGGCAAGGCUGGAUGAGCUGGAAAAGCAGGAAGAGAUACAGGAUGAAAUUGAUAGUGUUCCAAAGUGGGAAAGCAGAUUGUCAGAUGCAGCUAAUGGAAAUAGUGAAGAAAGCAGCUCUUCAGAAGAAGAGAAAGAUAGAAACAUGAGGGCCAACAUAAAUGGGAGACCUCACUUGAACAAUCUUCCAGCUGUACAGGAAAGCGACGGUGAUGAAGAAGCUGCAGAACUGCAACCACCUGCUGCUCACGUCAAUAGUUUGGAACACAGGCAGAAUCACCAAGAUGAAUAUGAUGAGGAAGUUACUGGAGAUGAUGACACAAUUCCUACCAUACACUUUACACACACGGUGGAACCAAAAAGGGUAAGAAUAAACACAGGCAAAAACACAACCUUAAAAUUCAGUGAAAAGAAGGAAGAGGCAAAGCGUAAAAGGAAAAAUAGCACUGGCAAUGGAAACUCCAAUAAUGAAUUGCCAAAUAUCAAAACUCCUGCAGACAUUUACAGACUUUUUGUUGAUGUUGUAAAUGGAGAAUAUAUGCCUCGGAAAUCUAUUCUGAAGUCACGAAGUCGGGAGAACAGUAUAUGUAGUGACACCAGUGAGAGCAGCACAACAGAGUUUGAAGAUCGGCGGUGUACCUUGCGCUCUCUAAGUCAUGAAGAAGCAAUACAUAGUGAUGCUAGUGAAUGCAGCAUUUUGGAAGAAGAUGAACUCACUUCUAGUAAACCUCUUCCUUGGCCAAGCUCACUUGAGGCAUUUUCUGGCACAGUAGUGGAAAAGGAACCUCUCUCAUCUACACAAAUUCCACAUACGACUAUUGCUCAUCCUAUCCUACCCACGAUUCCUGAGAAGAAAGUGUCGGAGGAAGAAAGUUUUCUUGAAACUCCACAGGAGCCUCCAAAGAGGGUUUCAAAAUUUAAGGCUGCCAGGAUGCAGCUGAAAAAGUGAACUUUAACACCAUCUGUUUAAUAUUUUGUGGCUGAAUUAAACGUUGUUUAACAGGAUCUUUGCACAAUCCAGGUUUGCACAGCAUCUUGUUUAGUUGCUUGUUAAAAACAAAACUUUUCAGACUGUGAUUUCCAGUACUUUAAUCAUUUGAUUGUUUGUUUCUAGGAAAUAAAUUGAAUGUGAAAUUGAUUUUAUAUAUUUUCCACAAUGCCAUAUUUUCCAACAUGCAUAAGUUUAGUUGUUGGGCAAUAAAGCAAUUUAGUCAGGUUUCUUGAUGUAUUUAACCUGCUACACAUAUUUUAACAUAUGGAAUAGAUUCUAAAGGUACUGCAACUGUUUUUUUUGAGCUGUAAAUCCUAUUUUGUGUAGGAUUCUUAAAAGAUCUUUCUAAAUGUGUUCACUGGAAAUUUACAAGCUUUAAUCUGUAAAUUUGUGUUGUGCAUUAGUCUCAUUUUAAUAAAUUUUGCACGACAUGAUAUACUUAUGUAUAUCUUUUUAAAAAAAUAUGUUCCUUUGAUAUAUGAUGAACUAUAGAACAUAUUGAAUACUAGGGCAUGAUUGUUACAAUUUAAAAUAUUUAGUUGUACUUUGCAUUUUAUUUGUGUUUUUGUUUCUAAAACAAGACGUCAACUCAUUGGGAAUGGAGUGCUUCAGGAUAUUUUAAGGCAUUCAGCUCUUGUUGCAGAUGUAGGUCAGCAAUGACAACAUUUUCCAGACCAAAAUCUGUGAUGCAUCUCCAUGUGUUCUUCCCGAGGCAUCUACCUUUGGAAUCUUGCACCUUUUUAAUAAAAUCUUUACCCAUUUUUAUCAUGAGGCUCAGGGCCUGUUUCAUCCUUCUAUGAUUUAAUGAAUUAACAAUUAUCCCAUUAUUACCUUUUAGAAAAAUCAAUGAAUAAUAUGACUCUAAACAAUAGUGAUGUCAUUGAGAGCAAGUUAUUCCUGAUAAACUUGUAGUAAUUGUAAGAUUAUUUUAUAUCCAUCAUAUAUAAUUCAUGCUACAUUAACUUUGCUAGGAUAUAUUGUUGAUUAACCUGUUUUGAAAUUCAAGUUACAAAAAAUUAUUCAUUUUAAAAUACUUCUGUAAUGCAUGUUUUUAAUAGAUGCUAUCUUUUGAAAUAGUAUUACUUGAACAUCAGAUGAAAUGCAGGUGUCAGCGAUUCCUUCCAUUAAAUGGAAAUUUGCUGGUUUAUCAAUCAUCAGAUAAAAGCUUCUAUGGGUGUAAAUCUUAGAUAAACAGUGGUCUGAUGGAUAGCAUAGCUUUCCUUUAGUUUAUAAAAACUAAGUAAUAAAUACAAAGCACAAAUUAAACAUUAUUAGUAAAUUAUAGUUUAAAUAGUAAAUUGGAAUUUCUGCCACAGUUCUUAUUUGCACUGUUAACUUGGCAGAAAAGCAGAGAAUGAUGAAAAUAAUUAUUUGCAAAAUUUUCCUAGGCCUGUAGAAAUACUUCAGUACACUUAAUUAAAAUACUUUAUGCUUUAUUCAGAUAGGUUUAAUUGUUAAGGCCAUUUUUAUUAAAUCUUUGGAAUGCAGAUAUUCUUGCCAUUUCUUUAUAGUGCUUGAAUAAAUGGCAAUGCACCAUCUUUAU